CUGUGAUAAGAGACGAUCGUUCGCGCGCUUGCUCUAAUAAACUAUAUUUUUUAUAGUUUUUAGCAUUUAAACACAGCUAGAAUGUAUGCGAGACUACUGCCCAACUUGGGCACCAGUGCCAGGUGCUUCGCCACAGCAGCCAAUCCAAAGGUGCGGCCCAUCAACAAGAUCCUGAUAUCGAAUCGUGGAGAGAUCGCCUGCCGGGUGAUCCGGACCGCAAGGAAGCUGGGAGUUCGGACGGUAGCGGUGUUCUCUGAUCCCGACGAGAAGAGCCUGCACACGCAGCUGGCGGACGAGGCUUACCGCGUCGGAGAGGCCGCGUCCUCGGCUUCAUAUCUCCGGGGAUCACACAUCCUUGACAUAGCAAAGCGAUCGGGUGCCCAGGCCAUUCACCCAGGCUACGGCUUCCUCUCCGAAUCCGUGGAAUUUGCCGAGCUUUGCCAGCGCGAGGGCGUCAUCUUCAUGGGUCCGCCCAGCUCCGCCAUCCGCGACAUGGGCAUCAAGAGCACCAGCAAGGCCAUAAUGGCCGCUGCCGGAGUGCCCAUCAUAAAUGGCUACCAUGGCGAGGAUCAGUCGGAUGAGUGCCUGCAGCGGGAGGCCCAGGUCAUUGGCUUUCCCCUGAUGAUCAAGGCCGUGCGUGGCGGCGGAGGCAAAGGCAUGAGGAUUGCCGAGAAGGAGGAGGACUUCCUUACCGCUCUUAACUCAGCGCGCAACGAGUCGCAGAAAUCUUUUGGCGACAGCUCUGUGCUGCUGGAGCGCUACGUCCGCUCGCCCCGCCACGUGGAGGUUCAGGUCUUUGCGGAUCAGUACGGCGAUGCUGUCUACUUGUGGGAGCGCGAUUGCUCCGUGCAGCGACGUCACCAGAAGAUCAUUGAGGAGGCUCCAGCUCCGGGUUUGUCCGAGGAACUGCGUCGUGAACUGGGCGAGGCCGCGGUGCGAGCUGCCAAGGCUGUGGGUUACGUUGGAGCUGGCACAGUGGAGUUCAUUCUAGACAAAGAGGACCUCUCCUUCCACUUCAUGGAGAUGAACACCCGCCUGCAGGUGGAGCAUCCGAUUUCGGAAAUGAUCACGGGCACCGACUUGGUUGAGUGGCAGAUUCGUAUUGCCGCCGGCGAGCCUUUGCCGCUGAAGCAGUCUGAGAUUACCCGUCGAGGCCACGCCUUCGAGGCCCGCAUCUAUGCUGAAAAUCCGCGCGGUGGCUUCUUGCCCGGAGCAGGACCUCUGCGAUAUUUGUCCACUCCUCAGCCAUCCGCCGAUGUGCGUGUGGAGACAGGUGUCCGCGAAGGAGAUGAGGUGUCUGUGCACUACGACCCCAUGAUUGCCAAGCUUGUCGUUUGGGGCGAAAACCGCACACAGGCGCUGAACUCCUUGGUUGCUCGUCUAGGAGAGUAUCAUAUCUCUGGUCUGGACACCAACAUCAACUUCCUUAUCGAUCUAGCCUCGCAUCCGGAGUUCCAGCUGGCCAACGUGCACACCGGCUUUAUCGAUGAACACUUUGAUACGCUCUUCCCGCCAAUUGUUAUUAGUCCGCAGCAAGUAAGCCAAGCUGCGUUGGCGCUGGUCUUUAACGAGUUGCAGGCAGCUUUUAGCAACGGCAACAAAGGGCAGGAUCCUUUUGCCGCCACGCCCAACGCUCGCCUUAACUACUCUUUAAUCCGCACCUAUAGCCUGAAAGCUAAUGAGAAAGUUUACUCUGUGGCUGUCAAGUUCGACGGCGAAGAUGUGCAAAUCCAGGUGGAUGGUGGCGACUGGCAGGCGAUCAAGGCCGAAAGAGUUGAUGAUGGCGGUCGUCUGAAGAUCCGCGCCAACAUCGAUAGCAACAUCACCACCUAUAACGCCAAUAUUGAUGGUCCCAGUGUCUGUUUGUUUUUGGAAAGUGGCAAGCUUGACUUUGAGCUGGUGCAGCCAAAGUUCUUGAGUGCUCAGUUCGAUCAAUCAGGACAAGGUGGCUCUCGCGUGGUGGCACCCAUGCCAGGUGUUUUGGAAAAGGUUCUGGUGAAACCAGGAGACCAGGUCAAAAAGGGUGACAGCUUGGCCGUGCUGAUUGCUAUGAAAAUGGAGCACAUCCUAAAAGCACCCAAGGAUGCCACUAUUAAGUCGAUCGGAGGAGCCGAGGGCGACAACGUGGCCAAGGGAGCGGCUGUGAUUACGUUCGUCGACGAGGAGGUGGCCAAGUAAAAGGAUUUAUUCCCGAACUGCGUACCAGGGAUUUUGUUGCAUUUAUUUACAAGUUAAUAUUCUAAAUAUUUUUAUGACCCCUUUUGCUUCCAGGGAUAACCAAGUGCAUUUAUUAUCAUAAGUAAUCCUGUCCAUAUAAUGGAGUUUUGUUGUAUUUUGUACACGGCAUUAAACGUCUUUAAACUGUUAA